AUGGCCCCUGUCAUUACUAGUGCACCAUCAGAAGAGAAUAUACCUCAAUAUUCUGCUACUAGCGAGGAGAUUCCUUUAGGUGAGUACCUUUUUCUCAGGAUCUGCCAAGCUAGUCCUAAGAUACGCUCCGUUUUUGGAAUCCCCGGUGACUUCAACUUGGCUUUAUUGGAGCAUCUCUACACUGCCUCUGUCGCUGAAAAGGUUGAGUUUGUAGGAUUCUGCAAUGAGCUCAAUGCAGCCUACGCUGCCGACGGAUAUGCCAAGGUCAUUGAAGAUUUGAGUGUGUUGAUCACCACCUACGGCGUGGGUGAGCUUUCGGCAACAAACGGCAUUGCAGGUGCAUUUGCCGAAUAUGCCCCGGUCUUACAUAUUGUGGGCACAACUUCCACCAAACAAUCCGACCAGGCACAAAGUGUUGCGCCUCAAGAUGUCCGAAACAUCCAUCAUUUGGUGCAGAACAAAAACGCGUUGGCGGCACCUAACCACGACGUGUAUAAGUCGAUCGUCGAUGGGUUUUCGGUGGUGCAGGAAUCUUUGGACCACAACGUGCUUUCCAACUUGGACAAGAUCGACAAUGUGUUGAUCACGAUUUUGCACGAGAAGAGACCGGGCUACAUAUACAUUCCUAGCGACAUUCCCGACAUUACCGUUCCUAAGGCAAGAUUGGCACAGCCUUUGGAUUUGAGCGAGCUCAACAACGAGGCAUUAUUGGCAGAAGUUUCGCUAACGAUUUUGAAUAAAUUGUAUGCGUCCACAAGCCCCUCCAUCUUGGGAGGCGCAUUGACGGACCGCUUCGGGGCCCAAAACGCUUUCACUUCUUUUGUUGAGGCCAUGCCCUCGAAUUUCGUGAAGUUGUUUUCCACAGCUCUCGGAAGAAAUAUUGACGAGGGCUUGCCAAACUACAUUGGCAUUUAUGCAGGCAAGUUAUCCUCGGACCCCGAAGUCAAUGUUGCUAUUGAGAAUGAAACGGAUUUCUUGUUGUCGCUUGGUCAUUUGAACAACGAGAUCAACACUGGAGUUUACACUACAGAUUUGAGCCGGGUCUCCAACUACGUCGAAGUGCAUCCAGACUAUGUGUUAAUUGACGGGGAAUACAUAAUCGUGAAGGAUGCGAAAACUGGAAAGAGACUGUUUUCCAUUGUCGAUUUAAUGGAGAGUCUUGCUGCUAACUUUGAGCCUGAGAGACUCGAACACAAUGAUGGGGAGACUCACAUCAGAACCAAGCCUGAGCUCAGACAAUUAUCGCUCACAGACGAUGUUCCCGCAGAAGUGCUUACCCAAAACAAGUUGAUUGACUUCUUCAACAGCUACUUGCGUCCAAACGACAUCUUGAUUGUGGAGACAUGUAGCUUCCUCUUCGGCGUGUCGGAUAUCAGGUUCCCGAGAGGCGUGCGGUUCUUUUCCCAAAACUUCUACGGGUCCAUUGGGUAUGCACUCCCAGCAACUUUCGGUGUUUCUAGAGCCGAAAGAGAUUUGGGUACGAACAGAAGAGUUGUCUUGGUUCAGGGUGAUGGCUCUGCACAGAUGACAAUCCAGGAAUUGUCCACGUUUUUGAGAUACGAAACCCAGGCUCCUGAGAUUUUCCUUCUCAACAACGAGGGCUAUACUGUGGAGAGAGUUAUCAAAGGUCCAACGCGCUCUUACAAUGACAUUCAAGACACUUGGGACUGGACCGAGCUCUUUAAGAUCUUUGGAGACAAGAAGGGUGAGAAGCACGUGGCCGAAAAAAUUAAUACUACGAGUGACUUGGAAAGUCUUGUUGGCCACAAGGCUAGUGCUAAGAUUCGCUUCUAUGAGCUUAAGCUAGCCAAAUUGGAUGUCCCUCAAAGGUUGAUAACUUUGGUCGGGAAGAGAUCUUCUUAG